UCCCAAUCUUCCCAGUUCAGCUCACCAUAACCUAGGGAAAAUGGCUAUCUUCCAAGCCAAACCCUUCAUCUUCAUACAUCUCUUACUUGUUUUUCUUAGCUCAUUCUCAGUUCUUGGCCAUGAAAAUGGUGGCGCUGUGAGUUGGGCAUUGGCACCUCAUUCUCUCCCUGGUUUACUCUCGCCGGCUCCGGCCCCUAAUCCACCGCACAAGGGCGGCCACCACCACCACCUCCAACUCCACACCCCUCCGGCCCCUAAUCCGCCGCACAAAGGCGGCCACCACCUCCAACUCCACACCCCUCCGGCCCCUAAUCCGCCGCACAAGGGCGGCCACCACCUCCACCUCCACACCCCUCCGGCCACCCUCCCACCGCCUCCCGCCCACUCACCACCAGCUGCCACCCCUCCCACUCCUCCUCCUAAGGCUCCCACUACUCCACCACCCAAACCCCACCACCACCAUUCCUCGCCGCCGCACGUAAAGCCUCCGGCCGCCCCCAUUCCUCCGCCUGUCCAGCCUCCCACCCCUCCUCCUAAGGCUCCCGCCACUCCACCUCCCAAGCCCCACCACCACCACCAUUCCCCAAAGCCUCCGGCCGCCCCCAUUCCCCCGCCGGUCAAACCUCCCACCCCAUCUCCCCCGGUUCAACGGAAAGCCAUAGCUGUCCGUGGCCUCGUUUACUGCAAAUCUUGCCAGUACAGGGGCGUCGAUAACCUCUACAAAGCCACUCCCCUCGAAGGAGCUGUGGUGAAGCUAGCAUGCAACAACACAAAGUAUCAUCUGGUAGAGAAAGCCAAGACAGACAAGAAUGGGUUCUUCUUGAUCAUGCCCAAGACUGUCACCUCCGCCGGGUUCCAUAAAUGCAAGGUGUUUUUGGUGGCGUCUCCCAAGCCGGAGUGCAGUGUGUUCACAAACUACAAACUUGGGCAAGCCGGAGCCCCCUUGAUCCCCACCCCACCACCGCCGGAGCUCAAAUCGCCGCCGUACCAGCUCUUCACCGUCGGUCCAUUCGCUUUUGAGCCGUCCAAGAAGGCUCCCUGCCCGCGUUGAAGAUUAGUCAAUUUCUGCCCAGCCUGCUGGUUUUUACUAUCUUUUGGUAAAAUAAAAAAUUAAAACAAAAAAAAAAAAAAAAACUUCAUUAUUGUGUUUAUUGUCGAUUGUCUCAUAGCAUUUUAAAUUAUUGUUAUGAUGGUGCAAGUAGCUUAUGGUCUGGUCCCUCUCUAGUCUCUACAAUUAAUAAAAAUAUUUUAAAAAAUAUU